CUCAGCCCUCUCAGGCUUCCGCCACUCCGCUGGAACUGCUGUCACAAGCCUGUCAGACCCACUGGUACUGUCUUUAUUCUACAUAACCUCUCUGCACUUGACCACCUAAUUCCUUCCCCGCAAGACUCUUUUCUAUUGGCUUCUAACCCAUCCACUCUCCUGGUUUCCUUAGCUCAGAUGUCACCUCCUCGGAGAAGUCUGUCCUGACCACUCUCUAUUCCUAAGUCUUCAGGAAAUGCGGCAAAAAUAAUUAGGGUGGAACCAGACUCUCCCAGGGUCAAAAUUCGUUCCAGGGCAGUGCAAGCCCCUAGCAAGAAGACGAAGGGGCUGUGAGCAUGUGCUCCAGCUAAGAUGGAUACCAUCUUGGUCUUCAGCCUAAUCAUUACGUCCUAUGAUGUCAGCAAGAAAGGGCUCAGAGAUAGCAGCUGCCAUGUGGAACAGCUGCCUGGGUUCUUCCCAAAGGAUGUGAGAAGAACCGGGGAUGUGCUCACGCAAGAGGCUCAGGCACAAGCCAAAAUGUCUACCUUCAUUCAAAAUCAGACUGUGGCUACGCUGCAGUGCUUUGGGUCUGGGAGCAAAGUCAAAGUCAACCUUGUGUAUUCAGAGAAAGGGUCAAAGGUCAAGCAGACUCUGAAGAACCUGAGAGUCAUCACUGCUCCCCGCAGAAACAGCACUGCCUCCCCAAACUGUCACUUAACCUCCACAACCAAGUUUCAGACUGGAUCCCUUCUCACAGGCCAAGCUUUUUUACCAGGGAUCUCCCGAUGUAAGGUCUGUGUGGUGAUGAGGGCUGCACUGGAGACUUUUUCUACCACUGUCACCUCCAUAUCUCCUGGGAAUAAAGAAGGAGAGAAAACUACAAGUACUGAUGAUUUUUCUAGCCCUUUGAAAGAAGACACAGAUGAGAACCUAAAGAAGAGGCAGAAAUGGAGCAUUGUGGCCAAAUUUCUGAUUGCUAUCACCCUGUUGUUGAGUGGAGUUGCCAUUAUAGUGUUUGUCAUUUUUGAAGUCCCGUGCCCUAGUCAAUGCCGGGGAACCAGAAAACUAUGCCAAGGCCAGCGGUUAUGGAGAAGGCAAAGGAAGGCAGGCCAGCAACCUGGGACAGCUGAAUCCCAGCUUGAGUCUCAGCCCAAGAAGGUUGGACAAGACGCUCCCAACUCCUCAAGUCCAAGGAAAGCUGCAAGGAUCACUAUCAUCCACGAGACAUACUUCUGAAAAGCUCUUCUCUGCUUCACACAUUGAAUGAAGGAUACCGCACUGUCUUUUCCCUGUUAUUAACCAGUAUUGGCAGGUUCUGAAUUCACUCAUUAUUUUCAGCAGGGACAUUACAAUCAAACACUAUGCCAGGCCAAUUUAGGAAGAGCCUGGGCUUAGCAGUCAGGCUUACCUUCAUGCCACUACUACUGUCUUAGCCACAUGCCUCUGAGAUUCACUUCACCCAUCACGGAAAACAGGAAUCUUUGCAUCCUAUCUAAUGAGAACAAAAAGUCUUCCCUCUGAGCACUAUGAAUGGACCUAUUGCUCUCUUUGACAAACGGUUCACACACAGCCUCCAAGGAGCAAAGCAGCCACUAGUGUGGCACCGUUUACGAGCUCCUCUGUUUCCUCACAGCUGAAUUCACUCCCACUGGCUCUCGGCUGGCUGAGGGUGGGGGUUCCUGUUUUCCCAGG